CUUGUUAGACUUAGUUGUGAAAAUGUUUGCAUCCAAUAAGAAUUUGUGAAUUGUUAUUGAAAAGUCACAUUGUGCAAUUACUAGGAAACGACACGCAAAAGACGCAUUCCUAUCUUUAGUAUUAAAAGGCGCAUGCAUUUUCUCAGUUAAGUAUUAUUGGUAAAAUUAAACGUUUAAAGAUGGCUAAGAGAAGUUUUGUUUUGACGGUCAGCUUUUUAGUUCUGUACAUCUUAGAAGCUAAUGGUCAAAGCAGGAUGAACUCAAUUGCUACAAACAAUUCAAGACCGUGGAAUUGUAUUAGAGAAAAAAUAUGCCAAUGCGGUCAAGGAAACCAGUUCAAAAAGUGCACAGAUUUGGUGGAAGAUGCGUCAGUAAGAUUACUCAUCGAUAGUACAUCAAGUUGCUCGGGAGUUGAAGAUAAAGACACUUUUUGGCAGGAGGGAAGUUGGAUUUGUGGAAACCCGUCUUCAUUUGAGAGGAGGUGUGGAGAACAAGUGACAAGCUCAUUUUUGAACCCUGCCGUUAUAUCAGCAGCAAAAGAUGAUAUUGCUGAUGAGCUAACAGUUGAAGAAAGAGUUAGAGAAUUAGACAGUCUUAGAUUCUUUCCAUGUUUCUUGGAUUUCAUAGCAUCUUGCAAGUUAAAUCAACCGCAAUGCUGAUACAAGAUGAUGCGAGCAUGCAAAUGAUUUACCAAAUACUUGUAAAAUGAAUUCAUAAAUUUUUGGUUAGUGUUCAAUCAUGGAUUUUAGGCUAAGAGUGCAACAUAGAGCUUUAAAGAAUUGUUUCCUAUGGAUGCACUAAAAAUUGAACUACAAAAUAACUUUUCUCGGGAAUUGCAAGAAAAUAAUAUUCGUUUUGUACUGAUUGUUUCUGCAAAUAAAAUACUCUGAUUGAUAUUA